AUGAACACCCUGCCAAUUGCAUUCCUCGUGGUCUUUGCAUGGCUCCAGACCUCCUGGGGCCGACCAACUUCCACUUGGUCACCGAAUGUGACGCACAGAAUGGGCCUCUUCAAUGCCUCCGAUGUACCACCGCAACUCAUCUGUCCGGCGGUAGGAAAAGGCAACUUGUCAUUCCCAGCACAUAUAUACAACGACACGGCCAUUGAAGCCGUAUUGCGAGACGCCGUCACGCACACGGGGGCCCAUCAGAUCCCACCAACAGGGCCCCCCUCCGAACGCUACGCUCAUCAAUUCGGAAAGGGCCUCUCGCCGACCAACCUGACCUUCACCGGCUACUGCGCCAGCAAGAACGACACCUUUGAGUUUCCCAUCUUGCCGGAUGGGACGGUCUACGACGGGACGGUGGAUCAGGGCAUCGACCGGGUGAUCUACUCGCGUCUUCCGAGUUUGCGGAAUCCCACGUUCUGUGCUCUCCUGCGGCACAAUAUGACCAUCCUCGUCGAUCCGCCGUUUCUGCGGUGCCAGCCCGUGGCCGGUAGACGGUCUUUAUUAUUUACUUGA